AUUAAAAAGUCCGAUAAAAUCACUAUUAGGUAACCCUAUCUGCAUUUUUUUUUUUCUCUUGCUUUCUUCUCCCUUUUUGAUUUUCUGCGCUCUUCGCCGUUGGAUCUUCCGGCCCGAGAUCCAUCCCAGCAGUAUAUCUUUCCCAUCUUGCCGAUUCGGAGCUUGGUAGGAGUCGUUCAUCAGAUCAGCCCUUGGAGAGUCAGGAUUCCUCGGUCUCGAUGGAGAAUCGGAACUUCCGCCGGGCGAUGAGCUUUGGAAUAUCAGACAUAGCUCUUGAGUGCGUGAUGGCCUACAUCAACGAUCCUCGCGACCGCGACGCAGUCUCUCUGGUAUGCCGGAAAUGGUACAACAUCGACGCGCUGACACGUAAGCACAUCACGAUCGCCCUCUGCUACUCGACUACACCAGCCCGUCUACGGACUCGGUUCCCCUGCCUCGAAUCAUUGAAAUUGAAAGGAAAGCCACGAGCGGCGAUGUUCAACCUCGAUCUCAUACCAGAGGAUUGGGGAGGACACGUCACGCCCUGGGUCAACGAAAUCUCAGAUUCCUUCAAUUGCCUCAAAUCACUCCAUUUCAGGCGUAUGAUCGUGCAAGACUCUGAUAUUGAUUUGCUGGUCCGAUCACGCGGACAUAUGCUGCAGGUACUUAAAUUAGAUAAGUGUUCUGGAUUCUCUACGGAUGGAUUAUUGCAGGUCGCCCGAUCUUGCCGAUCCCUAAAAACCUUAUAUUUAGAAGAGAGUUCUAUUGUUGAGAAAGAUGGGGAUUGGAUCCAUGAGCUUGCUCUGAACAAUACGGUACUAGAGAGUUUGAAUUUUUAUAUGACGGAGCUGAAAGUCAUCAACGUCAGAGAUCUUGAACUGAUAGCCAAGAACUGCCGUUCUUUAAUUUCUUUAAAAAUCAGUGAUUGUGAAAUCUUGGAUCUUGGUGGUUUUUUUCGUGCUGCGUCGAGUUUAGAGAAGUUUGCUGGAGGUUCAUUCAAUAACGAUGAUGCAAGAGAAGAUCUCAUCGGUAAAUACUCGAGGGUUUUAUUUCCUCCGAAGCUGUGUCGUGUGGGUUUGAAUUAUAUGGGGAAGAAUGAGAUGCCUGUAUUGUUUCCGUUUGCUUCUUUACUUAAGAAGCUGGAUCUUCAAUAUUCAUUUCUUGAUACAGAGGAUCAUUGCCAGCUGAUUCAAAAAUGCCCUAACUUAGAAGAGCUUGAGGUGAGGAAUGUGAUUGGAGAUAGCGGAUUAGAAAUCGUUGCUAUGAAUUGUAAGAAGCUUAAAAAGCUGAGGAUUGAGCGUGGGGAGGAUGAAGAAGGUGUGGUUUCGCAGAGGGGAUUAACUACUCUGGCACAAGGUUGUUUGGAGCUGGAAUAUCUGGCUGUCCAUGUAUCUGAUAUCACGAAUGCGGCUUUGGAAUCUUUUGGUAGUUUCAGCAAAAAUCUCACUGAUUUUCGAUUGGUGUUGCUCGAUAAGGAAGAAACAAUAACAGAGCUGCCGCUUGAUAAUGGGGUUCGUGCUCUGUUAAUGGGCUGCCAGAAGCUAAGGAGGUUCGCCCUCUAUCUAAGACAAGGGGGUCUGUCGGAUGUUGGUCUUGGUUAUAUCGGCAAGUACAGUGACAAUAUCAGGUGGAUGUUGUUGGGUUUUUUGGGAGAUUCUGAUGCUGGGCUUUUGGAAUUCUCGAAAGGCUGUCCGAAGAUGCAGAAGCUGGAGGUGAGGGGCUGUUGUUUCAGUGAGAGGGCGUUGGCUCUGGCCGUGAUGCAGCUGAAGGCUUUGAGGUAUAUAUGGGUGCAAGGGUACAAUGCAUCUAAAACAGGUAGUGAUCUUGUAGCCAUGGUUCGUCCCUAUUGGAACAUUGAAUUCAUUCCUCCAGGACAGACGAUUGCAUACGAUGAGUUUGGUAGGCCUGCGGAGCAGCCAGCUCAGGUACUUGCUUACUAUUCCCUUGCGGGGCGAAGGAUGGAUUACCCUGAAACAGUCGUUCCUCUUCAUCCAUAGUCCAUUGGUGCUUGACAGAACAUAUCCUCAUUCUCUGUCGCUUUUUUAUUUCUUUCUUUUUGUUGUUUCCUACCUACGCUUGUAUUGUAUCGGCCGCUUGCUUUUGAAAGACGGUAGCAGUGAGUUAUAGAGAUACAUCAUUGUAUAUAAAGAAAUUAAUAAAUAUUACAUUUAUCUA